AGUACCGCCUCCUGCUCAGAAAGAAAUUGUUCUCAUGUUUGUGCUAAUGUUUCAAAUCAGACAACCUCGACAGAAGUGUGUUAUUGUCCCAUUGGAAUGGUGUUGAUUGGGGAUCACUGCGUAGAUUGCACGAACCAGACCUACGGUCCAGAUUGCUACAAAAACUGCCCAUGUGCUUUAAACAACACGAAAUUUUGUAACACUCGCAUAGGCAACUGUAGUUGCUUGACCAACUGGACAGGAGAGUUUUGUACAGUAGACGUUGAUGAGUGCACACUUGGCACUCAUAACUGUCCGGCACAUUCAACUUGUACAAACACUUUUCAAGGCUUUAUCUGUAAAUGCGAUGAGAUAAACGGUUAUACGGAGUCUGGCAAUGGAACGUGUAUACCUAUAAACUGCAGCUCUACGUUUUCAAACAUCACAGGGAUUAUAUCCAGUCCGAAUUAUCCGCUGCCAUAUUUUAACAAUGCUAAGUGUUCUUGGUUGAUCAUUGGAGAGGAAGGAAGUGUCGUCUCUCUGGGAUUUUCAGUUUUUAUCUUAGAGACUACCUCAAAAUGUACCUUUGAUUAUGUUGAGGUUUAUGACGGCGAAAGUGCAGAGAGCAGACAAAUUGGGAAAUAUUGUAGCUCUGAUGUUCCAAGUUUGAUACGAACUACAGGACACUACAUGUAUAUAAACUUUGUAUCUGAUCGUAGUGUUCAGCAAACUGGUUUUAAUGCAACGUACACCUCACAUCAAUGUCGCAGUUUUACCUACGGCGUGACAUCUUGCGACACCAACUGUAAAUGUGUGAGAGAAAACAGCCAGUUCUGUGACAACACCAAUGGCGAGUGUAUCUGUAAGCCUGGCUGGACCAUGAGGGAUUGUUCUGUUGACGUCAAUGAAUGUCUGGGUACCAACAACAAGGUGUGUCCAGACAACUCGGACUGUGUCAACCUGCUGGGCAGCUACAGGUGUGACUGUCACCUGGGAUAUGUGUACAACUCUACAACCAAAACAUGCGAUGCAAGUUCUGAAUGUACCAUCAAACAAUGCUCUCAUGCUUGCUAUGUUGAAAGUUCUGGAGUAGAAAAAUGUGUUUGUCCCAAAGGACUGGAACUUGAUACAGAAACACAGCUCUUUUGCAUUGUACCUUUCUACCCAUAUGGUGAGCAAGCUCAAGAUGGCGUUUUAAAUAUUUUGAAUAUGUUGAGAGGAUACUCUGCUAGUGAGCCAAUCAAAUUUUCACAAGACAUUCCAUUUGAUGACAAAUAUGUAACAGAGGCAUCAGUAUUCUCUAAUGGAGUCAUCAGCUUUGGUCAACAAACUGAAUUAAGUGGACAACCAGAUCUCAAUUUAGAACAGCAAAUGAAUCUAAUAGCUCCAUUUUGGGCUGACAUGGAUGCUCAAAAAGGAAAUGUGUAUUACCAUUUGUAUGAGAACUGUAACAAAGGAGCCAACCAAAAAAAUGCAACUGAAUUUACUAAUAUCAUCAAAAGAGCUAAGAAAGACAUUUCAAAAUUUCAUUAUCUUUCUGGCAUAGAAAUAGACUCAGUUAUGAUUGUUACAUGGGAAAAUGUUCAGCCUUACUCAAACUUAGGCAAGAAAUCAGAGAGUAACACUUUUCAAGCCAUCUUAGUCAGUGGAUGGGAAACAAUAGAAAUGCAGGGACAAGUAAUAUUACAAGAUGCAAAGUCCUCAUACGUCAUAUUCAUUUAUCAGCGAGGAAAAAUGAACUGGGAUUAUGUGCCUGGUAGACCCAUUAGUAUCGGCAUCAAAGGGCAGAAUAUCCAAACACUUAAUGACCUUGACUCACCUCUAGUUGCUAACUUGGAUAUGGUUCCUGGCAAUACAGGUUUGAAUGGUGUCAUAAGUUUUGAAGUGGGUAAGGUGUCUGGGCCAGACCAGAUGUGUGAGAAAUAUCUGUGUCAACACGCUGACCUGCUGACUGACCCUGUGUACGAGUUUGAGAAGCGUCAGCUGUACAAGUGUCCCUGUACACUGGAGAGACUUGGGCGUCAGUGGCAGCUCUAUGAGAGACGUGGGGAGAAACAAGAUGUUUACUGCUACGCCAUCAGCAGUCUGGCUAAGCUCAGAUUUUUGCAGGGAAACAAAAGGAAUAUGCUGUGUUGUUACCAUUGGACAAAACCAGCCAAUGAUGAUUGGAGAGACUGGCAACAAUCAUGGAUGGAAGCUUCUUAUAUCCCAGCAUCCCCAGACUCUGGACAUGUUUUGGUCAAUGACCCUUGGCAAAUGGGAUACUUUGAUAACUUUCAGGCUCUAGAAAACAUACAAGCACACCAAUGGUGCUGUGUAGACUCUAGUCAAGUCAAACUUUGUGACCAGUUUUACCAGAUUUUUCCGGAUAUGGGAUGUUCAAAUUUUGUUGAAUUUGUGCAAGCUCCUGCACUGGGAGACCCUCACAUUACAACCUUGGAUGGUGUCACAUAUGCCAUGAAUGGACGUGGUAUUUUUACCAUGGUCACGACAAUAGACAAUCAAUUUGCUAUACAGGCAAAGACUGGACUGGCAGAAAGCAGCUCAGGUACCCUAACCAACGCCACAGUUUUUAAAGGAUUUGCGGCUCAAGGGGUUAAUAAUACACAUUUUCAAAUUGAGUUGGCUGAAUCAAAUACAUCUAUGUUACUGUGGGUGAAUGGUAUCGAUAUCACAAAUGAUUUCUACAAGAAAGUUGACUCAGAUGUUAUUGUCUCCACUAACUCUCUCAGUGUCAUCAGAGAAGACAGAAAUAAUAAAACUAUAGCAGUUAAAUGGGAUGAGACUUUAACAUUGCUCUCCUUAGGUGUCAGCAUUGAAGUGAAUGUUGCUGUGAAAAGUCUGGAGAUUAUGUUUGAAGUCUCUAAGGAACUCCAAAACAAAACUCGAGGUUUGCUGGGAAACUUUAAUGGUAUCAAGACAGAUGAGUUCAUCCUUCCUGAUGGACAAGUUCUUCCAUCAAACUUAAGUGAAAGGGAAAUCUACUACCAGUUUGCUAAACAAUGGCUUGUGAAUUCCUCCAACUGUGUUUAUAAAUUCGAGCAAGACAAAACUCUAUCAGACUACCAGCACCCAGAUCACGUGCCCUGGUUUAGAGAUGAAGCUAAUGAAACCGAAGUGGCCAAAGCUGUUGAAAUCUGUGGCAGUAAAAACGACCCGUGUAUCUUUGAUUAUUUGGUGACUGGGGACAAGAGAUUUGCUGCUGCCACUAAAUCCAAAUUUGAUGAGAUGGUUGUCAUCAUUCAAAGUUUGGAAAACAAUCCUCCAAUAAUAGCUUUAAUAGACAACUUGAACAUCAGAGGUACAUGGAAUGUCAAACAAGGGACACAAUCAACUUUACAAGUUCUAGGACUUGAUAUGGAUGGAGAUGAUGUUAUAUUUGAACUGAGUGGAAACAUCACAGAUGUCAAGAUUGAUAAGAGUGGGGUUAUUACCUACGCACCAGAUGUCAAGAAACCUGUUGCAAUUCAAGUUCGUGUCAAAGACUCCAAGGGAGCCUACUCUCCACUGUUGUACAUCCCAGUUAGAGUUUGCCCACUCUGUUGUGGUCAUGGUGUUUGUGAUAUAAAUAGAACAAGGGAGGAACUUUUUAAUGGAAUGUUCCAGAUACUGGCCUGUCGUUGUCAUCCUGCGUACACAGGCGUUGAAUGUGAAUUAGAGCUGGAUGCUUGUGCUAUAAAACCUUGCUCCAAGGGACAGAACUGCACAGACCUAACAGCUCAACAACAGGGAAACAACUCAGUUGGUUAUGUUUGUGGAAAAUGUCCUCCUGGUUUUGUGGAUUAUAAAAAGAUAUGUUUAGAUGUAAAUGAGUGCAGUGAUGAAAGCAUGUGCAAUCAAACCUGUACAAACACUGAAGGCUCUUACAUGUGCUCAUGUAGACCUGGUUACAGGCUGGAUACUGGAGACAAGAAAACUUGCACAGACAUCAAUGAAUGUGAGGAGAGAUCAUCCAAAUGUCAACAGAUUUGUACCAACACAGCUGGCAACUACACUUGUUCAUGUCAGACUGGAUACACCUUAGACAGCAAUGGUCUCACUUGUUCUUUAGACACCUCAUUGAUUUCAUACUGCUAUGACUGUGAACAGAUAUGUCAAUAUACCAAUGGUCAGACUAAUUGCAGUUGCAGGCUUGGAUUUGAACCUGAUCCAAAAGAUACAAAAAAUUGUCAAGAUAUCAAUGAAUGUGAGUAUGGUAACAAACCAUGUGACCAGGUUUGUAAAAAUCUUGAAGGAACAUUUGAAUGCUCAUGUUAUACUGGCUACAAACUGGCAGCUGAUGGACUGUCUUGUCAAGCCUGUGAAAGACCCUACUAUGGACCGAACUGUGCCCAAAUCUGCCAGUGUAGUGGCCAUGGGUCAUGUGACCCUGUCAGAGGUUGUGUCUGUGACAAAGAGUGGACAGGUGACCACUGUGAGCUGGAUGUUGAUGAGUGUGACCAGUCCAACCCCUGUCCAGCUGGUUUUGUCUGUAAAAACAGAAUUGGCUCAUACACCUGUAUCUGUGCUGAGGGCUACAGGUUAACUAAUGGAAUCUGUACAGACAUUGAUGAAUGUAAAGAUAUUUUCGUCAACACAACUUGUGACAAAAUGCUGGAGGUUUGUGUCAACACAGUGGGCAGCUACAGCUGUCAGUGUAAGAAAGGAUUUGCCAGAAAUUCCCUAGCUGUUUGUCAAGAUAUUGAUGAAUGUUUGACCAAUGCUGAUGAAUGUGAACAGGUGUGUGAAAACAAACCUGGGUCUUAUAAUUGUUUGUGUCAACAAGGCUACACAUUGGCAGAUGAUCGCUUGUCAUGUCUGAAAGUGAGGGACACAUGUCAAGGAUUUAACCUAAACUGUAGCAAUGGCUGUGCUGUGGAUGUAGAUAACACACCUUACUGCUACUGUCCUAGAGGAUACAGACUCACUGAACCAGAAAAAUGUGAAGACAUCAAUGAAUGUGAGUCAGAUGUGAACAACCAUUGCUCAAACAGAGAUGGAUGUGUAAACACUAAUGGCAGCUACACAUGUUCCUGCCCCACAGGAUUCAAGCUGGACAAUGAUGGUCACUCUUGCAUUGCCUGUAGUGGAGAAACCUGGGGCAUUCAGUGUUCUCAGUCUUGUAGCUGUGGGUCAGGGGCAGAUCACUGUGAUCCAAAAGUUGGUUGUGUCUGUAAACAUGGGUACACAGGAAAGUACUGCUCAGUUGAUAUUGAUGAAUGUAGCAAUGGAAAUGUAACUUGUGGAGCUAAAGAAAAAUGUGUUAAUCUACCUGGAUCUGCUACCUGCCAGUGUCAGAAUGGAUAUUUGAGAAAAGACAGAGUGUGUACAGAUAUAAAUGAGUGCACCAGUCCAUUAACAAACAACUGCAGUCAGAUGUGUACCAACAUUGAAGGAGGAUUCAUUUGCUCUUGUUAUGCAGGGUAUGCAUUUAAUUCAACAACACAGUUGUGUGAAGACAUAAAUGAAUGUGACCAAGGUUUAUCCAGAUGUGAACAGACUUGUAUCAACACAGAAGGAAGCUACAGAUGUUCCUGUCUAUCUGGCCUGUACCUCCAACAAGAUGGACUCACAUGUAGAGCUACAGUCCCAUGCAAAACCAAAACCAACUGCAGCUUCCAAUGUGCUGUCAUGGAUAAUGUUGAAACCUGCUUUUGCCCUAAGGGAAAAAUUUUGGCAAUAAAUGGACUAACCUGUGAUGAUGUGGACCUAUGUGCCAACAGCCCAUGUACUUUUGGUUGUGUUGAGACCAGAGACAACACCAGCAUUGAAUGUGUGUGUGGGCUGGGAGAAAGGUUGGAUUCUAAUGGACUCUCUUGUUCUGUAUGCAAUGAAGGUACUUGGGGAGUUGGGUGCACUACAAUAUGCCCCUGUGAAAAAGCUAACACACAGUUUUGUGAUAAGAAAUCUGGCAACUGCCAUUGUAAGCCUGGGUGGAAGGGCAGCUCAUGUGGAGAAGACAUUGAUGAGUGUACAGCCUCCAACGUGUGCCCUGUACAUUCACACUGUACAAACACUGCUGGAGACUACGUCUGUUCUUGUGAUGUUGGAUUUGUGAACAUCAACCAGACUACAUGUCAGGCCUGUGAUGAAGACUUGUAUGGUCCAGUAUGUACACUCCGCUGCUCUUGUCCACCAAACGCUGCAUGCAACAAUGUCAAUGGCAGCUGCUACUGUAAGCCUGGCUGGCGUGGACCAGCUUGUGAGACAGAUGUCAAUGAAUGUCAGGAAGGUACACACACAUGUAGUCAGGGUAAACUGCAAGUCUGUGUAAACAAAGAUGGAGGAUAUGAAUGCUCAUGCAGGAUUGGUUACUCAAAGUCAUGUGACACAUGCCAAUGUAAAGAGUGUCCUGAUAGCAAAUGGGGCCAAGACUGCUCUCACACCUGUACCUGUGUAGCAUCCAACACUCACCUGUGUGACAAAACAAAUGGUAGCUGUUUCUGUAAAACAGGAUGGAAUGGAACCAGAUGUGAUGUGGAUUUUGAUGAAUGUAAACAAACAUCUGACCUGUGUCCAGCUCAUUCUCACUGUACUAACAACGAUGGAGGGUAUACAUGUUCUUGUGAUGAAGGUUAUAUAAACCAUCCCAGCAAUCAUACUUGUGAAGAGUUUCUUUCUCGUGAAAUUACCUUUACAUUCAAUGUUGAUGUUUCUGAAAAGAAUUUAGAGGACACAAAUAGUAAUGAUUACAAAAACACAAAAAAUCAAGUUGAAGCUGAAGUAGUAUUAAAAUUAAGAAGCAAAAGCUCUCUUAUAAAUAAUGUAAUUGUUAAUAAAUUAAGAAAAGGAAGCCUAAUAGUGGAUGCUACUGUCAUUCUUCUAAAAGAGUACAAUACUAUUGUAGAAUUUACAUUAGCCAUGCAAUCCGUAAUAGUAGAUGGUAUCACACUAGAUGGCCAGCAAAUAUUUUUACUCCAAGCUUUAAUUGAUAACAUCCCUGUGUCCAUCUUAUCAUGUGAUGCAAGAUAUAAAAUAAAUCCAUGUAAAGAAAAUGAAGAAUGUUAUCUGGACAAUAAUUUAGCCAGUUGUAGGCCAGUAAACAAAGUUUCAGAUAACACCAGUCUUAUCCUAGGGCUGGCCAUUGGACUACCACUGUUUGUUAUCUUAUGUGUUGUUAUUGGAGCUGUUUUUAAAUGUACAAGCAGACACAGGCGAAAAAACUUUGCAGCUGAUCUAUGCAUUUCUCAGAGAUCAGAGCUCAUCUUUCAAGACCUAUCUAAAGGGUGUAGUGAUACAAGGAAAACCUACUCUAAUCCAACCUAUAACCAAAUAAAUUUGGAAAAAUAGUUAUAUAUAAGCUAUGGAUCAUUUUAUCAUCAUUAAACAUUGGAGAUUUUACUUAUAUUAAUAAAGACAUUAAUAAAGACAUUAGCAAUUAAUUAAGUUUUUUACUUUGCUUGAAAAUGAAAAUAUUUCUUACUCAUUAAUGUUUGACAUUAUUCUUUUUAAUUAAGUUUUAUUUUCCACUGCUAUUAAUACAUUUACAACUACUAUUAAUAAGAACAGUUGGGAGUGGGUUUUUUAUACAAAAUCCAUACAUUUAAACAGUUUCUUUUCUCUUUUGCAAAACACAAAAUAAAACAAUAAAAUAAAUGAUAGAUGAACAUCUCUCGCUAAAAGUAUUUUUCUGAUUAUUAGAUUUCUGAUUUCAUCUAUGUGAUAAAUAUCUACUUAGUAGACUACUACUGUUGCAUGAAAAGAAAUGAUUUUAAAUGUAUUUUUUGCAUUUAGC